AUGAGUCGCCCUUUCGUCGCGCAGGGCGGCGUCCUGCAGUUGUCGCUGACCGUGGGCAUCCUGUACUCGUAUGUGCUGGGCCGCUUUCUCGAGUGGGAGCUCCUGGCCAUGGCUUGCCUUGUGGGUGGUGUCUUGCUCGUCGCCGCCAGCCAGUUUGCCGUCGAGUCGCCCCGCUGGCUGCUGCUUAGUGGAAGAAAGCUGGAGGCUCUGCAAGCACUGCUCAAGCUCCGAGGGCCAAACUUCAGGGUGGAAGACGAGUGCACUGCGAUGGAGCAAGUUUUCGCGCGCGUCCCCACGCCCCGGUUCCACGUGCUGAUGGCGCUGCACGUGCAAUUCCUGCAGCAGUUCUCGGGCAUCAACAUGCUCAUCUUCUACUCACGCGCGAUCUUUUCCAACGCCGGCGUCACUGUCAGCGCGGCCAACUCGUCCAUUAUCAUCGCCGCCCUCCAGGUAGCACCCUCGUCCGGGUAA